AUGCUCCUCGCACCACCCGAUCGGCUCCUCCCGCCACGUCAAUUAUACAGACCCAACUCGCCACCGAUCAGAACUCGGACUCGGACCACUCGGCUGUGCUGUAGAGCGAGUCUGAUCACCAACUCGGACUCCUUCGAGGUGGGCCGACUCAUUGGCAGCUAUGGCUUCAUGAACAUCACUAGCUUUUCGGGAUCUCCGGGCAUAGAUGCUGAAUACUCAUCUGGAGAUUUGGGGCGGUUGAGGGUUCAAGAUGUGGGAGAAGGCAGUGUAAAGAUCAGGCUAUAUGAUGGGAGAGUUACUCAGGGUCCGCUGAAAGGGGCUCCGGUGUUUUUUAAGGUUUAUCCUGGAAAAAGGGCUGGUGGAAAUGAGGCUGAUAUGAUGGCUGCUAAUGAGCUAAAUGCUCACAUAUCCCUUCAAGACAGUUCAGAUGGUAUCUGCCAGAAUCUUGUGACACUCAUAGGUGGGUUUGAAACAAAAACUGGGGAGCAGUGGCUGGCUUUUCGCAAUGACGGGAAAUAUAGUGCGGCAGAUUAUGGAAAAGUUAUGAGUGAAAGAGUUUCAAAAAGCCGUGCUGGGGGAGGACAGGUUUGGAAUAAGUUUGAGCAAGAGGAAACCAUCAAACGCAGAAGAUACUUUGUUACCAAGUUGCUUCAGGGCACGAUGAGAGGUCUAGCAUACAUGCAUGAUCGUGAAAGGUUACACCAGAGUCUGGGACCAGCUUCUGUUAUUCUCAACACAAUUGUAGAGAGAGAGGCCAUAUACUUAGUGCCACGACUUCGGGAUCUAGCCUUCUGUGUUGACAUUAGGUAUUCAAAUCUAGAAGGGAGACCUGGACUACUGUCAGAGGGACUUUGGAGACGUGCAUCUACUGCUGGUGCAUUCACACCUAUGGAUAAAAGAGCAUUUGGACUAGCAGAUGACAUAUAUGAAGCAGGUCUUUUCUUCGCAUACUUGGCAUUUGUUCCAUUUUGUGAAGCAGGCACAAUGGAUGGUCUUUCAUUGCAAAGGCUUUUGGAGAACACUUUCCAACUUGAUCUUGGAGCAACGAGAGAGUAUUGUUUAGCAGAUGACGGGCUAUUAGAUGCUGUGAAAUUCUUGGAUCUUGGAGAUGGUGCUGGGUGGGAGUUACUCCAGGCAAUGCUGAAUCCUGACUUCCGGAAACGGCCGAUGGCACAGGCUGUACUCAAUCAUCGAUUCAUGACAGUGGGUGUUCUCUGAGAUUUUGGACCACUGAAUUCAACCUACGGUAUGUGUUGUAGGAUAGACAUGGAUCAUCACGUGAACCAUGUAUAGGUGAUAAUUCUUGCAGUAAGAGU